AUGUCUGGCAGGAAUUCCGCAUACGGCGCCCCGCCAUCGCGCUCAUCCUCCUCUUCCUCCGCAGAAGAACUGGAGACAACCGCCGAGGAGGAAGACUCGGAAGAUUACUGCAAGGGUGGUUACCAUCCCGUCAGCGUCGGAGAAACCUACAACAAUGGACGAUACGUGGUCGUGCGCAAGCUCGGGUGGGGUCACUUUUCGACAGUCUGGCUGUCCCGCGACACGACAACCGGCAAGCACGUCGCUCUGAAGGUCGUUCGCUCCGCCGCUCAUUACACUGAAACCGCCAUCGACGAAAUCAAGCUGCUGAAUCGCAUUGUCCAAGCGAAACCGUCCCACCCUGGUCGCAAACAUGUGGUCAGUCUGCUCGACUCCUUCGAACACAAAGGUCCCAAUGGUGUUCACGUCUGCAUGGUCUUCGAGGUGCUGGGAGAAAACUUGCUCGGAUUGAUCAAGCGCUGGAAUCAUCGCGGUAUUCCCAUGCCGCUGGUCAAGCAGAUUACGAAGCAAGUGUUGUUGGGUCUGGAUUACCUGCACCGGGAAUGUGGAAUCAUUCACACCGAUCUGAAACCAGAGAAUGUGUUAAUCGAGAUUGGUGAUGUGGAGCAAAUUGUGAAAACCUACGUCAAGGAGGAGGCCAAGAAAGAACAGAAGGAGGACAACCGCAACGGCCGUCGGCGGCGCCGGACCCUGAUCACUGGCAGCCAACCGUUGCCUAGUCCGCUCAACACCAGCUUCGAGUUCAAGCACAGCUCGCAGAACUCUCACAGCAGUCUCAGUCAGAUGGUGAACGACUCGUCGGAGGCUAAUUCGGGGGCUGCGUCGAUGAAAGAAUUAUUAGGCAUCAAGGACGAAGAUGAGAAACAGAAGCAAAGAGAGAAGACUGCUGACCUCUUGGAACGCGAAGUAUCGGGUAUCUCGCUCGACAAGUCUUCCACACCGAGUGAUGAGCUGGACUGUGACAUAAUUUCGGUCAAGAUCGCCGAUCUGGGUAAUGCUUGCUGGGUUGGACAUCACUUCACCAAUGACAUUCAAACGCGACAAUACCGGUCGCCCGAAGUCAUUUUGGGGUCUAAGUGGGGAGCAAGUACUGACAUUUGGAGUAUGGCGUGCAUGGUUUUCGAACUCAUUACAGGCGAUUACUUGUUCGACCCGCAAUCGGGCACGAAGUACGGCAAAGAUGACGAUCACAUUGCACAAAUCAUCGAGCUGCUCGGUCCAUUCCCCAAGUCGCUCUGCCUAUCAGGAAAGUGGUCCCAGGAGAUAUUCAACCGCAAGGGCGAGUUGCGCAACAUCCACCGUCUGCGCCACUGGGCACUUCCCGAUGUGCUCCGGGAAAAGUAUCACUUCAGCGUGGAAGAUAGCAUGCGCAUCAGCGAGUUCCUUCUUCCUAUGCUUGAAGUCUCGCCCGAAAGACGAGCCAACGCUGGCGGUAUGGCUGCCCACGAAUGGAUGAAAGACACACUCGGCAUGGAGGCGGUAGAUCUGGGCAUCACCCCUGGGAGUCGAGGCGAAGGGAUUGAUGGCUGGGCGACAGAGGUUAAACGCAGAUAA